AUGAAGUUGUUUGUUACUCUCUUGGCUACCGGCGCUCUCGCUUAUGAGCCUACGGCCGACGUGAUUGGUGGUACUGACACGUGCAAGAGCGUUGACGAUCUGCAGGAGUGCAUCUUGGGGUUGAUAACAAAGAAGACAUCGUUUACCUACACUCACACUGGAGAUGGUUUCAAGUCGACAGGUGUUGCCGGGUGUGCUAGUAAACACGACACGAGAACUUUGGUUUACGGUGACCUGAAGCCCUACGAGAUCUCAGAUUUGACCGGCGCUCUUAAAAAGGAUUUCUCUCCUACGCAGUUCCUGGUUACAAACAUUCCUGCUGCCAAGAAGGAAGGUUGCAAGCCUGUGGCAUACGUAGCUGACGCCAGCAACGAAUGCCCGGAUGCUAAAACUACCACUAUCACGAUCGGCGAACCCGUGGCCGAUGCGAACGACAAGACUAACAACAGUCUGAUCUACGCUAGUGAAGAUUUGACCAAGGCGGACACAACCAAACAGCUCAUCAUCGACUUGAGCAGCUGCGUAGACACAACAGUCGGGGAUACACUGGCUUACUUGCAGUACACUUAUUCCGUGGGAGCCAGUGGCGCUGUUGCCGCUGUCACCCUCUCUGCGGUUGCACUCGUGGGCCUCGCUACCGUGGCUUUCUAA